CACAUUGAGGAAAUAAAAAAUAUAAAUAACAAUAAGAAUAAAAAUUUCAAGGAAGUUGAAUUACAAAAAGACAAAAAUUAUGAGGAAGAUAUGGAAAAAAUUGAAACCGAAGGAUAUAAAAAGUUAGAAAAAAAAUUAAAAUAUUGGAAAAUAAAGGAAGAAAUAAACGAAUUAGAAAACAGUAUUAGCAAUUUAGAAGAGUCAAAACAAUUGAAAAAAUUAAGAAAAGUGAAAGAUGGAAUAUUGAAAAAAAUUGAUAAAAUGAUAGAGGAAAACAAUCAAAAAUUAGAUAGAAAAUUAAAAGAAGCACGAAAAGAAGGAAAAAUUUUUUGGGAAAAAAAAUUGGAAAACUUGAAAGUAGGGCAUAAUAAAUUGACUGAUGAAGGUUUGCUAAACAUAGAUGAGGAACGAAAAGAGUUUAUUAGAAAAUAUGAUGAUUUUAUUGUUGAAUUAAAAGAAGAAUGGUUUAGAGCUUUAUUUUAUCAUGUAUUUGAUGAAGUAAACAAAAAUGAUGACAAAAAGAAGUUGAUAAUUAAAUUAAGUAAGGAAAUCAUAGAAGAGGAGAAAAAUGAAAAAGGAGAAGCAAGUACUAGUUAUAAUAUUGAAACAAAUCAAGAUGAAAAAGAGGAACAUGUUCUUUAUUCUGACAAAAACAGUGUAAUUAGAAAAACAUUUUUGCUUAAAAUUUAUGGAAAAGAAAAUGCAGUAAAAUUAGUUAAAGAGAAGAAGGAUUCAGCAAUUUUUGUGAAUAUGAACGAUAAAAUUACAUUUGGAGUGAAUGAAGGCAAGUUUUUAAAGACAACUACAUAA